AUGAUACACGAAGAAAUUCAAGCACAGCAAACAGAAAAUCAUAAUAUACGUGAAUUACAAUUAGGAUUUUUAACUAAAAAAGGUGUUGAUCGUGGUCGAUAUAACAUACAAAAAGUGAAUGAAGUAGCAGCUGUUUUUUCUACUACUGCAGAUGGAGAAAUUCCAGAAGCAUAUGUUACAAUUUAUAAUAAAAGCAACAAGACGUUACAACAAGUCAGUACGGAUCCAAAUGUAGAACCAUGGAUUUAUCCAUUGUAUUAUUCAUAUGGUAAUCAAGGUUGUCAUGAACAAGUUACAGAGGAACAAGAGAUAGAAAAUACACAAGAAGGUCAAGAAGAUACAUUGAUAGAUAUGCGACAAUAUAAACAGCUAAAUGUAAAACAAAAGGAAAUUGUUGACACAAUUUUAGCAGCAGUAGUUACUAACAAUAAUAGUAAUACUUGUUUUUAUAUUGAUGCUCCAGGUGGAUCUGGUAAAAUUUUCAUUUAUACGACCUUGUAUUGUUUACUUAAAAGUAGAGAAAAAAUAAUCAAUACGAUGGCAUUUACUGCUAUUCCUGCGACAUUACUUCCAAAUGGAAGAACGAUUCAUAAAGUUUUUGGAUUACCGGUACCUCUUUUUGCUGAUUCUACAUCAAACAUUAAAGUUCAGUCUAAAGAAGCUGAUAAUUUAAAACUUGUGGAUAUUUUCAUUUUAGACGAAGCUCCUAUGGCUCCACGUUAUGUAUUGGAAAUAAUGGAUCGAACAUUACGUGAUAUAAUGCAAAAUAAUUUAUAUUUUGAUGGGAAAAUAGUGCUUGUCGGUGGAGAUUUUAGACAAUUAUUACCUAUAAAAGAAAGAGCUACGCGUAGUGAAAUUAUAAAUUUAUCCAUAAAAUUUAGUACCUUAUGGCCACAAUUUAAAAUAUUUUCAUUGACAGAAAAUGUACGAACUUUACCAGAAGAAAGAGAAUUUGCACAAUUUUUACUAGAUUUAGGAAAUGGUACUUUAAAUGAUUACUCGGAUAAUGUUCAAAUUCCUGAAAGAUGUAUAGCGAAAAUUGAUUCGGAUAUGAUAAAAGAUAUAUGGUAUAUGGUUAAUGAUUACUCGGAUAAUGUUCGAAUUCCUGAAAGAUGUAUAGCGAAAAUUGAUUCGGAUAUAAUAAAAGAUACAUAUGGAGAUAUAAUAACACACAAGAGAUAUAACAUUAUAGCUAAUCACGUUAUAUUAUCUGCAAGAAAUGCUGAUGUUGAUGAAAUAAACGAGAAAGUAGUUAAAUUAUUGGAUGAAACAACAGAAAGAAUUUAUACAAAUGUGGAUAUUCUUGAAAUUAACGAUAACGAAGAUAUAUGUGAAGCAAUUACGACAGAAUAUCUUAAUUCUUUAAAUCCAACGAGUCUUCCACCACAUGAGUUACGCUUAAGAAAAUACACUGUUAUUAUGCUUAUUUAG